AUGUCACAUCAGCCCACUAGUACUCUUCCUUCAGAUAUAGCAUCUACAUCAGCAUCCACUCCUGCAAUGUCAACCACUAGUACUCUUCCUUCAGAUAUAGCAUCUACAUGCAAUGUCAGCCACUUCCAUUCAGAUAUAGCCUGCAAUGUGCCAACCACUAGUCCACUCUUCCUUCUCUUAGAUAUAGCACAUCAGCAUCCACAAUGUCACCUCCCUUCAGAUAUAGCAUCCUGCAAUCCUCCUGCAAUGUCAACCACUAGUACAUCCACAUCAGCAUCCACCUUCAGAUAUACCGCAUCUACAUCACCUUCCACUCCUGCAAUGUCAACCACUAGUACUCUUCCUUCAGAUAUAGCAUCUACAUCAUCAUCCACUCCUUUCAAGCAAUGUCAGCCACUCCUGCAGUCAACCACUAGUACUCCUUCAGAUAUAGCAUCCACAUCACAUCUUCCACUCCUGCAAUGUCAGCCACUAGUACUCUUCCUUAUAGAUAUAGCAUCCACUACAUCAGCAUCCACUCCUGCAAUGUCAACCACUAGUACUCUUCCUUCAGAUAUAGCAUCUACAUCACCUUCCACUAGUACUAUUCCCUUCAGAUAUAGUAAUCAGUCCAAAUGUCCAACUAGUACUCUUCCUUCAGAUAUAGCAUCCACAUCAGCAUCUACACCUGCAAUGUCAGCCACUAGUAUUGUUCAUUCAGAUAUAGCAUCUAAAUCACCUUCCACUCCUGCAAUGUCAACCACAUCUAGUCCUCCUUGUCAUCCUUCAGAUAGAUAUAGUAUCUACAUCAGCAUCCACUCCUGCAAUGUCAGCCACUAG